AUGCCAGCAGCAGAUAAUUUUAACGACGAUGAACUCGUUGCGCCGAAAUGGUUAAAUAACGAUUUUCUAAAAGAAGUAAUACAGAGUUAUGAAAAAAAUAAAGACGUGAAGGUAACCAAUUUUAAACUUACUCCAGGCACUGUAAAAGGCGACCACUUUGCCAGUGUCAUGUUCAGAGCUCAUGUGGAUUAUAAGCUUAGACAUUCACGAUAUUCAAAAUCAGUAAUUAUCAAAACAAUGCCUGAAGUUCAGGGGCUUAAAAAGGAAAUGCUGGAGAAUUCACAUAUCUUUGAAACUGAAAUAAAAAUGUACACAGAAAUCUUACCAAAAUUGGAGAGUGUUCUACGUUCCAUUGGAGAUGAUACAAAAAUUGGACCUAACUGUUUGUAUUAUAGUCUACAACCUAGAAAAUGCAUUGUUUUGGAAGAUCUGGUGCCACUUGGAUACACCGUACAAAGAGAUCGUGACCUCAAAAUGGACGAAAUAAAAGAAGUCAUGCGGAAAUUGGCAGUUUUCCAUGCAAUUAGUUACUAUUUAAAUAAAAAGGAACCACAAAUCUUUGACACCCUACAAUACGGUUUUAUGAAUGAUCCUUCAAUCGCUGAAAACAGCUUCUUGACGGAUGGAAUAAAAAUUUUCAUAGAAGUACUGAAUGAAGUGCCAACUCUGCGCAAAUAUAAGCCAUAUUUUCAAGUUUUUCAAAAAGAGGUCUUUCAAAAAUGUGGUCAAUCAUUUAAUGAGUUUCGAGAAAAUCCACAGAAGUUCGUCCACAUUAUGUCAACAGCAGAAAAUUUUAACAAUGAUGAACUCGUUGCACCGCAAUGGUUAAAUAAAGAUUUUCUGAAAAAAGUGAUAGAUAAUUAUGAAAAAACCGAUGACGUGAAAAAACUGAUGAACAUAGGCAAAAUUAUGACGUCAAGAGAGCAUCGCAAGACCCAGCUUAUGAAUAAAGAAUUUUUGGAUGAACUUUAUCAACUAUUACCAAAAUACUUACACAGUGGAUAUUUUGAGGAUUUGAUAUAA